UCGAUUAUCUGCAAGUUUUAAAAGCUUAUAAUUUGUAUCUCUAUAUACUAAUUAGAAAGAGCAAAAUUGAUAUCCAGCAUCAAUGCAAAUAAAAAGGAGGUGGCGACGGCGUCGUUUAGGUGGAUCCUGCAGCUUCACAGAGACGUAUCAAAAAAAAGCUGCUCGAUUCUACGUGCAAGGUUUUGGUUGAUUCGGAAACCAUGAAAACAAGAGCUGACUACAUACAUGAUCGAACAGACUCGUACUGAUUGUGGUACCCCUCUUUGGCCUGGUGGUCCUGAGGUUAGACGACUCUUUGUUAAACCCUAAUUUCACUUCCCAGUAGGGUUCUGAUCUCAGCUUAAUUAAUUGAAAUCUGGGUUUGAUAAAACCGGUAUUGAAUUCAAAACCAAAUUUGAAUCGAUUUAACCAAGGUUUAAAUCCCAAUUAAAUCAAACCAAACCGGUUUUCUGAUAACGAUAAUUAGAAAACCGUUCUUUCCUUGUUCGCUUCUCUAAAUUCAUCUGUUGAUUUUACUAUUUUUUUUCCGCUCUUUCACCAUUUUUGUUUGUCAAUUGCAAAAGUUCUCUGCCUCUUUCACAUUUUAGUUGAGAUUUCUUCAAGGGUUUCUCUUCAAGUUUCGCAAACUGCUUUUGGAGAGGUCGAAGAAGAGAGAAAGCCACGUCGCUAGACACUAGUAGAACCCCCAAGCUUUGUCGUCUCUCAAACGAUCCCACACGAUGUUCUCAGAAUCUAAGAGUUUGCUCGAGGGGCUUUUCUCAGAUGAUCCUUCAAGACAGUUUAAAUCCGCUGCCAAGAUCAACACGAUUCUAGCAAAGAGUAUGUCAGAACUAGGGCCUCUUGAUACCGAACAUCUGAUACGAUCUGGAGUUAUACCUCGUUUGGUUCACUUUCUUGGCGUGAAAGAUUUCCCUAAGCUUCAUUAUGAGGCAGCUUGCGGUCUAACAAGCAUUGCUGCUUAUAGACCGGAUCUGUUAGUUGCUCACAAUGUUGUUCCAAUCUUAGUCGAGCUUAUUGCUUCAAAUAGAGAUUAUGUCCGUGAGCAGGCUAUAAGGGCCUUGUGUAAUGUUGCUGGUCAUCCAAGACACCGUGACUAUGUUCUUGAUGCCGCUGUUGGGGCUUUGAUGCCGCUGUUGGAUCUGCUGUCCAAGGAUACUACUAACUUGUCGAUGCUCAGAUUUGCUACUCUGACUUUGUCUCACUUGUGUCGUGGCAUGUCUCCGCCUACCUUCGACCAGGUGAAACAUGCACUUGAACUACAUCUUCAUUCAAAUGAUGAAAAAGUGUUGGGAAAUGUUUGCUCGGGCAUUCAGUAUGUGUGCGAUGGUUCAGAAGAUGGAAUCCAGAGUGUGAUCGAUGCUGGUUUUGUCCCAAUACUAGUUGAACAUCUCCGACACCCUUCCCCAUCUGUGCUUAUUCCUGUACUGCAUACCAUUGGCACUAUAGUUAACAAAUGUAAUCACCAGAUCCAAUGUGUGAUAAAUUGUGGUGCUUUACGCAUUCUUUCCGACCUUUUUAAUCGAGACUAUGACAAAAACAUAAAUGGAGCCACUUUCUUCGCGACUUUCAGCAUCACCGCAGGCUUUACAGAACAUAUUCAGUUAGUUAUUGAUGCAAAUUGGAUUCCAAGGUUGGUCAGUAUGGCUCACAAUGAUGAAUUGGGCAUGAAGAGCGAAGCUGUAUGCGCAAUUUCAAAUGUGACCUCAGGUGUUUAUCAUGAUCAAAUCAAAUACUUGGUGGAGCAGGGUUGCAUAAAGCCUUUAUGUGAUCUCUUGGUAUAUCCAGAUCCAGUGAUCAUCUCAGCUUGUCUGAAUGGAUUGGAAAACAUUUUGAAGGCUGGAGAGGUAGAGAGGAACAUAGGAGAUGUAAACAAUUACACUCUACAGAUUGAAUACGCGGAAGGUCUAGAAAAGAUUGAGAACCUGCAACGCCACAAAAACAACGAGAUCUACGAGAAGGCUUUGAAGAUUCUGGAGACAUACUGGGGUGUAUAGGAUAAUGAGAAGACACAACAGCCUCCAAGGUGAUGGAUCUUGGCGACAUUUUGGUCUCUAGUACAGAACUGGUUCCGUCAAUUGAAAGUAACAGAGUCCAUCGAUGGAAGAGCUUUGGCUCCAUUUUGUAAUCAAAGGUUCCAUGGAGUAUACUUAGUUUCGUUUUGUGGCUAUUAGAGUGUUUUUUUUGAAUGAGUCAAAAGCCAAAGCAUAUAUGAGU